GAUGCUAAGGAAAUUCGUCGUUACUAGUGUUACUGUCGAUUCACUGAAUUGUGCCAAUGUGGCCACACUGGUGGGUACAGAAUAAAGUUCGAUAAGAAUAAAUUCUCGCCUUCAGUUUUACUAUCGAAUUAAACUUUACAUAUAAAUGUAUAUGCGCACAUUACAUUCUAAAUAGAUUCCUCAAAAAACACAUACAUACUGACUUUUGCCUAUCAGAGAGUCAAAAACCAGAGGUUUCUCUUUCGAAAUAAUUUCUAAUAAAUUUUAAAUAUGAAAAAAGAAAUUAUCAUCUGUGGCAUAUUCUUAUUAUUCUACGUCGAAGCAACCAAUAACGCAAAAUCAAGCAAACAGAAAUCAUGGCGAGACAAAGAUAUACGAGAUAUGACUGAUGCAGAUUUAGAGCAUUUAUUAGACCAGUGGGAGGAAAAUGAUGAACCUUUGGAACCAGAUGAACUUCCAGAACACCUUAGACCCAGUCCACAAAUUGACAUAUCAAAGCUGGAUAUGUCAAAUCCUGAUAAUAUACUCAAAAUGACUAAGAAAGGUAAAGGUGUUAUGAUGUUUGUUGACGCUAAUGAGGACAUGUCAUCAGAAGAAGCAGCUGUAAUAAUGAAGAUCUGGCAAACUAGUCUUCAAAAUAAUCAUAUUAUUGCAGAAAGAUAUCCAAUUGAUCCAAAGAGAUCUGUAUUCUUGUUUCGUGAAGGUUCUCAAGCUGUUGAUGCAAAAAAUUUUUUACUGCAACAACCAGAAUUAUCUCAUGUUACCCUUGAAGGGCAAACUUAUUAUCCACAAAAACAGAGAGGUACUGCAGCAAAAAUUAACAAUUUAAACACACGAAAUAAGACAAACAAGGAGAGGAAGAAAACCGAAUUAUAAUUUACUAUGAACAAACAUUGUUUAAAGAUACUAAAUAUUUUUUUUGUAUAUUUUUAUAACUUGUAUAUAUUUAUACAAAAGCUACUAUGUAUAGAACCGUUUUUUAUACAAGUAUUUUUUUGUUUAAUUUACAAAAGUAAAUUUAUAAUAUAAAUUACCUGUAUAUAUAUUUUUUAUAAUUCCAUUUAAUACUUUGUAGAGGUAAGAAUAUAAAUCAUAAAUACUAAUCUAACCUGUGAAAUAUCUGAAAACUAUGAAACCAGAUAAAGAAGUAUAACGAAGACUUUAUUUUGGUCAUUUUACAAUACCAAUUACAUUUUUAACAUUAUUAAAGCAGCAGCAAUUGAAAUAACGAUUAAUAGUAAUAUUAGUUCUGUUAAAAAUAAUGUAACAUAUGCAAAACAGAAUGUUAAUGGAUAUGUUUUGAUUAAUAAAUU